GCCUGCACACACCUGUGCCAUCAGUCUCCUGGCAAAACAGGAUUGGAGAUUUCAUCCCUCCCAGAUCUCUUUGAAAUUCCAAGCUCCAGAUCCCAACAUGGACCUUACAAACAAAGGAGGAAAGUGAAAAGCCACUUUCCUCCGUAUCAAACACUUUGGAGCCCCUCAACCUGCCUAGUUGAGAAUCAUGGGUGACAGAUCGUCACACUGUCACAAUAUAUACACACACACACAAGGAUGUUCAAAUCAAAAGGACUUUUAAUUUUA